UCUCACGCGCGCGUGCUUUGAAUGUUCGCGGUAGCAGUAAAUUAUUGAGAUGGGAAGUUGUGACGAGGUUAGACGGAUAUUACGUUACUGGGAGCCAUCAUUCCCUGAUUGCGAUGAAAACGCUCCUGCAGAGGUCUUUGAUAGACAUCCCCUAUCUGCAAUGAUGAUUAGUGCUGACAGUGAAUGCGGAAGGAAAGAUAAUCUUGUACUAAUUUUAAACUCUUGGAAGUCUGAAUGGUAUCGGGAAGGAGUUCAAGUUCCUGUAAAGGAUGCUAGUAGUCAACCUCGACCUGUCUAUAAGUGAGUUUGUGAACGAAACUGUUACUUUAGGAAACUUGACAUUACAUGCCCAAAGCGCCGUUGUCCUCGAUUUAUUAUGCCUGAGAAACUUCGAGUUGAAUCUACCGGUGGUAACUUUAACGAAACCACUCAUAUGUUGGUUAAAAAGAAAAAAAUUGCUCCAUAUUACAACAUCGAUGAUUUAGAUUACUCGUGGAUUGCAACUGUAAACGAAGAAAGAGAAUGCUUAGGACAAGUACUUGUUGAGGACUGGAUGCUUGAGAAGGUCAUCAGUACACUAGAGUAUCUUACUUAUGUUAAGAUGCGUGAGAAAAUUAAGGAGAUAGACAUGCAGUCUUUAGAAUUCGAUGAAAAUGCUAGAUGUGACAUAUGUUUAUCGUUUGAAGGUGAAGAUGGAAACGAAUUGGUCUUUUGUGAUGGUUGCUUCCUGUGUGUUCACCAGGCGUGUUAUGGCAUUCUCCAAAUCCCUGAGGGAUCAUGGAUGUGUCGACAGUGUGAGGCGGGUGUCAAGUCAACCACUCCCUGCUGCUUGUGUCCGAAUACUGGUGGAGCUAUGAAACUUUCAGAUGACGGACAACGUUGGUGUCAUGUUAGCUGUGCCCUGUGGGUUCCUGAAGUUGGGUUUGGGGACGUCGAGAUGAUGGAACCCAUUAUUAAAUUAGACAAUAUACCACAAGCCAGACGAAACCUUCUCUGUUCAAUAUGUCGUUCACGCUAUGGUGCUCCUGUACAGUGUUCUAGUGUUAAGUGUAAGACAGCAUUCCAUGUCACAUGCGCGUUCCAAAGCAACCUCGUCAUGCGCCAAGAGCUCGUCGACAAGGAUGUGCGCUUAAUAGGGUUGUGUUGGAAGCAUUCCCGAAAAGAACAACAGUCAACAACUCAUCAUUCUUCUGCUGGCUGUGAGUCAAAUUCUUUUCGUGCUCCGAAUUCCCCUAUCAAGGUGCAUGAUGCAAAUCAAAACUUUGGGAGUGGAACGCAACCUGUAGCCUUAACGCGUAAACAAAGACUCCUUGAACUGGAGUGUAAUUUUUAUAAUUUGGUGCAAGAGUCCCACUUGAAUAUCUGGCUAGAUAAUGACUCCAUGAAAAUGCACUUAGGAAAUUCGGCUUUUCAAAAUGAAAGUGAAAACAGAAACAUUCCUAAUGACAUUCGUGCAGCCAUCAUCGUUUACUGGCGUUUGAAAAGGCGCUCAAACUUUAACCAACCGCUAAUCAAUCCAGUUCCAUUAACUUGGAAAGAAAGUGCUGAUCAAGUAGCUGCCACGACCAACGAAGAACUAGCUCGAGUAGAACGUGCUAAUUCUGAUAUGAAAGCAUUUGAGUCAUUUAAACGUAUUAGAUUCGGUCUUGACAGGGCUAGAUUAAUGGCAGAUAUGGUCUUGCAAAGAGAACGACGAAAAUUAGCUUUGUUUAAGAGAAUGUGGCGUAUAUCUGAAAUCCAAUUGACUGCUCUUGAAAAACAAAACAGUCUAGUAUCUAGUGAAUUACUCCGGACUGCUCAUAUCGGUGAAUCUAUUUAUGAUAAUUGGGAAUUGUUUUUAGCUCAUAGUAAUCCUCCGCAUCGGCGUGUUGAUCAGGGUAAACAUAUGUCCUACAUUAGUGAAUCUAAUAACGAGUCAAAGCCUUCAUCUGUUUAUACUGUUAAUGAAAACAACUCUAGUUUUUUACAGACGUCUAUACCUAAUACAACUACAAAAGUAAACGAAAGUAUAGAUUCAUUCAAUAUUAGUGCUAUUCCUAAAGAAUGUUUGAUUGUUUCCGAUACAAUUAAACAGAGACUUCGUUCUGCAUUAACACUAGUCGCUGAAAAUUGUAAUAUGUGGAGAGCAGACAAGCAUGUAGAAAGUCCCAAUCAUAAGCGUAAAACAAAUAAUCAUUAUAUCAAAUCACAUAAGUCUCUUUCACUUAAUCGAUUUGAACGUUCACCCUCAAGAUCUCAUUGUUCUUCACCAUUAACUUCAUCAACUAAAAUAAAUAAGCCAUUAGAAAAUGAUAUGCCUAUUGUUCACGUGAAAUUAUCGCCAAUUCCAGAUAAAGCAUCGUUUAAUUGUGUUAAAAAUGUAAAUAGUAGUGAUAAUAAUGAAUGUACACCUACAAAAAGGCGUAAACAAUUGAAUAAUUCUAAUUCAGUAUUCGAAAAAUCACCACCUAGUCAUUCUAUUCCUGUUCUUACUAAAUUAGCAAUGAUUACUUUAUCACCGGGAGCUGCUAAAUUCCUAUAAGCUUUUCUUUCACACAAGAUUUUAACUAUAUAAUUAGUAUUGUCUUGUAUAUAAUAUAUUGUAUAAUUGUAUUAUAAGGUUAGAAUUUAUCAUUGAACAUAUCUCUUUUAUAUCCUGUACAUAAUUUUAUUUACUUUCUCAGAUAAUUUGCUUUCUGCUAAACUGGUUUUAUUACUUCACGAUAACACUGUAUAUGGCAAUCUAUUCUGUAAUUUUCUCAACAUAUUGUUAUCGUGUUAAUAUUUUAUUUUUUUGCUUUUCAUGUAUUGUUUCCAAUAUAUUUUGUUAUACAUGUAUUCGUUACUUGCAAAAAAAUAAAGGGCUUGUAACAU